GCCGGCGCCUGGCACCGCACGGGGAAGGCGCGGGAGCGGACGCACUGCCCACCCGCCGCAGAGGCGCCCCCGCCGCCGCCCGGGCCCGAGGGCGGGGCCCCUCGCUGGGGCGGCCCCUCCCCGCCCCUCCCUCCCCGCCGCGGGCCUCCCCAGCCCGGCCGGCCCUCCCGCGGGCGGCACUCGGGCACCGGGCUCGCCAGGACCAGAUCCGCGAGCCCGCCAGCCUGCGCCAUGGGCUGCGACGGCCGCGUGUCGGGGCUGCUCCGCCGCAACCUGCAGCCCACGCUCACCUACUGGAGCGUCUUCUUCAGCUUCGGCCUGUGCAUCGCCUUCCUGGGGCCCACGCUGCUGGACCUGCGCUGCCAGACGCACAGCUCGCUGCCCCAGAUCUCCUGGGUCUUCUUCUCGCAGCAGCUCUGCCUCCUGCUGGGCAGCGCCCUCGGGGGCGUCUUCAAGAGGACCCUGGCCCAGUCACUGUGGGCCCUGUUCACCUCCUCUCUGGCCAUCUCCCUGGUGUUUGCCGUCAUCCCCUUCUGCCACGAUGUGAAGGUGCUGGCCUCAGUCAUGGCACUGGCGGGCUUGGCCAUGGGCUGCAUCGACACUGUGGCCAACAUGCAGCUGGUGAGGAUGUACCAGAAGGACUCAGCCGUCUUCCUCCAGGUGCUCCAUUUCUUCGUGGGCUUUGGCGCUCUGCUGAGUCCCCUUAUUGCUGACCCUUUCCUGUCUGAGGCCAACUGCUUGCCUGCCAAUAGCACAGCCAACGUCACCUCCCGAGGCCACCUGUUCCAUGUCUCCAGGGUGCUGGGCCAGCACCACAUAGAUGCCAAGCCUUGGUCCAACCAGACGUUCCCGGGGCUGACUCCAAAGGACGGGGCAGGGACCCGAGUGUCCUAUGCCUUCUGGAUCAUGGCCCUCAUCAAUCUUCCAGUGCCCAUGGCUGUGCUGAUGCUGCUGUCCAAGGAGCGGCUGCUGACCUGCUGUCCCCAGAGGAGGCCCCUGCUUCUGUCUGCUGAUGAGCUUGCCUUGGAGACACAGCCUCCUGAGAAGGAAGAUGCCUCCUCACUGCCCCCAAAGUUUCAGUCACACCCAGGGCAUGAGGACCUGUUCAGCUGCUGCCAAAGGAAGAACCUCAGAGGAGCCCCUUAUUCCUUCUUUGCCAUCCACAUCACGGCCGCCCUGGUGCUGUUCAUGACGGAUGGGUUGACGGGUGCCUAUUCUGCCUUCGUGUACAGCUAUGCCGUGGAGAAGCCCCUGUCUGUGGGACACAAGGUGGCUGGCUACCUCCCCAGCCUCUUCUGGGGCUUCAUCACACUGGGCCGGCUCCUCUCCAUUCCCAUCUCCUCAAGAAUGAAGCCGGCCACCAUGGUUUUCAUCAACGUGGUUGGCGUGGUGGUGACGUUCCUGGUGCUGCUUAUUUUCUCCUACAACGUCGUCUUUCUGUUCGUGGGGACGGCAAGCCUGGGCCUGUUUCUCAGCAGCACCUUCCCCAGCAUGCUGGCCUACACCGAGGACUCCCUGCAGUACAAAGGCUGUGCAACCACAGUGCUGGUGACAGGGGCAGGAGUUGGCGAGAUGGUGCUACAGAUGCUGGUUGGUUCGAUAUUCCAGGCUCAGGGCAGCUAUAGUUUCCUGGUCUGUGGCGUGAUCUUUGGUUGUCUGGCUUUUACCUUCUAUAUCUUGCUCCUGUUUUUCCACAGGAUGCACCCUGGACUCCCAUCAGUUCCUACCCAAGACAGAUCAAUUGGAAUGGAAAACCCUGAGUGCUACCAGAGGUAAAACUGGGUGAAGGAGGCAAGAGAAGACUUUCAGCCUCUUGAUCACCAGCACGACCACACUGUUUCAGAAAGCUGGGUGGUGGUGGAGGCACUCUCUCAAUGACUAUUCAAGUCUUCUCCACUAAAACUUGGUUGGGUAGAGGAAAUUAAAUUGAGUCCUGGUACCUGGUCAAAAUCAUUAGAAGUUUACCUGGCUUCUCAAGUUAUCUUCUUCCCUGGUUCAGACUGUUGGUAAGAGCUGUCCAGAUACCCAGAUGGGAAGGAUGGAGACAGCCACGCACUUCACUCCAUUUGUCACCUCAUGCAUGGACCAUACUCUGGGUUUGAGAUGAUUCUUCAUUGAAGUUUGUAAAAAUAGGUUGAAAUUGUAAAGCUCCAUGAUCAUUGCUAUAUGUAGAUAUAUUUCAAUUUAAGCAAAACAAGCUGCAAGUUAUUCCCUGGCAUGCUCAAGGGGUUUUUGUGCUUUUCACUUAAUAAUCCAAAGUCCCUUAAAUUCCUGCUGCAGACAUCAAUAGCUUAUCUAUAUUCUCAAACACCAAAAGGGAAAGUUGAAUCUUGCUCUCUUUGGUAUACUAAUGUAGUGGUAUGCUAAGCUAGCUCAUACCAGCUUAGAAAAGCUGAUUGUAAAAUUUUCAUUUUGACAGCUGGUUAUUAAAUGCAGCCAUUAUUAAAAAUCAAAUCAUACAAACUUUAAAUCAAUUACAUUUAAAACAAAGGUAAUAAAUAUUCAAAGCAUAUCACUUCCUAAUUUUAUCUUGAUGCUCUUGAGGUAAUUUACGUCCAUAGUACCUGUGUGGUGGAAUUACUAUGUAUGAUGGUGUGCUACUGUGCACCUUGUCCCAACCCCACUCUUGGUGAUAGCAUGUUGGUAGCUUGAAAUCAGCCAGGUAGGAGUAUUACCAUGGACACUGGCAAAAGCUACAGAUCCCAGAAAGCCAGUGGUUAAACAUUUACCAGCAUACCACUGCUAGUAAUCAAGGCUAACUAGUCCAGAAAUCGCCUGGGAGAAUGAAAUGGAUGUUCCAUUUUUCUCUACUGACAUUGACUAGCAUAUAAAAGGUAUAGAAACAGCACGAAGACUUUCUGAAAAUACCUAAUGAAAAUUUUACAUCUUUUUUUUGUUUUUGUUUUUGAGACGGAGUCUCACUCUGUUGCCAGGCUGGAAUGCAGUGGCGUGAUCUCGGCUCACUGCAACCUCCGCCUCCCAGUUUCAAGCGAUUCUCCUGCCUGAGCCUCCCAAGUACCUGGGACUACAGGCGCAUGCCAUCACACACAGCUAAUUUUUUGUAUUUUUAGUAGAGACGGGAUUUCACCAUGUUAGCCAGGAUGGUCUUGAUCUCCUGACCUCAUGAUCUGCCCGCCUCGGCCUCCCAAAGUGCUGGGAUUACAGGCGUGAGCCACUGCACCCAGCCAAAAAUUUUACAUCUUUUAUAGAGGGAAAAAACUCUUUAUACCAUGGCAAGGCCUUUUCUUUCACAAAAAGGUGGGCCUACUGAACAAUUCAAGCUGUGCAGUAGUAGACUGAAAUAGGAUUUGUUGAGGAGUUACAGCUCCUGUCCAGAGCAAAUCCUAUAGUGAUACAAUGAGAAUGUAAACUUGCCAGCUUAGACAGGGAUCAGUCCUGAGACUGCUGGCAGUAGCAAAUGGCUAUCCGAGUAACUGUAUAAUGGUUUCGCCUGCACUUUCUCUAUGUAUAUACAAAUGUACAUGUAUAAAUAUAAAAAUUAAGUGAUCAUGGUUCUCGGUAACUUGUCCCAAGUGCUGUGAUUCACACGCCUGACACUAAAAGGUUCUUCCUGGUCCAGUCAGCCAGCUGUGACCACCAGCAGCACAGCUGAGUGCUGAGAAUCUGGCUGGAAAGAGAAACGUGGUUCAAGCGCUGGCUCACCUUCGAGCUGUGUGGCCCUGGGCAGGUUACUGAGGCUCUUCCAACCUCACUUUUCACAUGCAAAAUGGCAUUUCUAAAAGUACCUACCCUACCUCAAAGGAAUUCUGAAAAAAUUAAGUGAAUUUGUAUAAAGCACUCACAAUAUGCCUGACACAGAAACUGCUUAAUAAAUGUUAGUAAUUUUUAAAACCUCCUCAUAAGCAGCUUAGAAAUUAUUCAUGUUUGGUACGUAUUUAUUGCCAAGUCAAGCAGAUCCAACUUUUUUGAAAACUGGUGGUCUAGGAGUAUAGUUUUAAUUAUGUUUGUAAAUACUCAAAAGUAUUAGAUGCCGGUCUAAUUUAAAUACAGUCUGACUGUUGCGAGUAACUGACCUGGGCAAUGAAAAAGCAGUGGAAUUUUUCUUGUGGUUUUUCAAGAAAAUAUCCUUUUUAUACAGACUUAGAAAGAAGAAUCAAUGGCUAUAUCGAAGGUGAUUGUGACUAAUUUGUUAAUACAGAAAACAACAUUAACACAAAUCUAAGAGUACCUUUCCUAAAAUAAAAUAUUUAAACUUA